GAAACUGGAAACGGAAAAAGGAUGAAAGAAACCGAGUUUGUUCCUUUCACUGUCUCAAAACUGAGAACUACUCUGCUCCUGCAAAUUACAAUAAUACAAACUCUAUCUUUCCCAACUAAAAACUAAACGAACUGUAAUUAUUUGUUUAUGCAAUUUUUUUUAUUAAAUAUUACAGAAAGACAAUAGUAUAAGAGAAGAGAAGAGCUGGGUUUUGGUUCUUUAGCAGUUCUUUGGUUUAAGGAUUCUGCUCAAUCUGGGAUAAAUAUGGAGAUUAGGUUGUACCUGUAGACUGCCUGGAGGAAACGAAAUCUGGGUUCAUAAUAUAAACUUAUGGAUGUUGAAGGUUUACAUGUGGAAGGGGAAAAUGAAGAUGAUAGCAUGAAGGUAAAUGCUGUUUCCAAUAAACCUGAUAAACGUAGUUUAACUGAAGAUUCUGCAGAAGAGAUAGUUGGAAAUCAGGAUGACAAUGGAAAUGCAUUACCACAUGUGGGUAUGGAGUUUGAAUCAGAGGAUUCUGCCAAAUCAUUUUAUGAUGCAUAUGCCAGGCGUGUGGGGUUUAGCACUCAUGUUGGUCAGUUUACCCGUGCUAAGCCUGAUGGGCCAAUUGUAACUUGGGAUUUUACGUGUUCCAAAGAGGUACUUAAAAGGAGGAAUUUUGAGAGCUGUAAUGCCAUGCUUAGGAUAGAGAGAAAGGAUUCAAACAAUUGGAUUGUCACAAAAUUUGUGGAGGAACAUAACCAUUCUAUGGUGAUUCCUAGUAAGGUUCAUUACCUUCGACCUCGAAGACAUUUUGCUGGUGCUACAAAGAAUUUGGCUGAAGCAUCGGAUGCUAGUAGUGAUGUUUAUGUUGUCAUUGAUGGAAAUCAUGUAUCUCAUGAACCAAUUCGUGUUAGGAAUGUAUCUCCUGUAGAACCUAAUCACCCUGUUAGGAAUGUUGCAUAUGUGCCUAUGAACUAUGCGAGGCAUCCUAGCAGAAAAAGAACCCUUGGAAGGGAUGCGCAAAAUCUUCUGAACUAUUUCCAGAAAAUGCAGGCUGAAAACCCUGGCUUCUAUUAUGCAAUUCAACUCGAUGAUGAUAACCACAUGACUAAUGUCUUCUGGGCUGAUGCAAGAUCAAGGAUGGCCUAUAAUCACUUUGGUGAUGCAGUUGUUUUUGACACAAUGUAUAGACCAAAUCAAUAUCAGGUCCCUUUUGCUCCUUUCACGGGUGUGAAUCAUCAUGGUCAGAUGGUAUUAUUUGGCUGUGCAUUGCUUCUAGACGAGUCGGAGUCUUCCUUUACUUGGUUAUUUAAGACAUGGCUAUCUGCAAUGAAUGACCGGCCUCCUAUUUCUCUUACAACUGACCAGGAUAGAGCCAUACAAAUGGCAGUAGCUCAAGUGCUUCCAGAAACUCGCCAUUGCAUCUGCAAGUGGCACAUCUUAAGAGAAGGCCAAGAAAGGUUGUCUCAUAUAUACCUUGCUCAUCCGUCCUUUUAUGGAGAGCUGUAUAGUUGCAUUAAUUUUUGCGAGACGAUUGAGGAUUUUGAAUCAUCAUGGGGUGCCCUCCUGGAUAAAUAUGAUCUGCAGAAGAAUGAGUGGCUUCAAGCUGUUUAUAAUGCUCGCAAAAAUUGGGCACCAGUUUAUUUUCGUGGCACUUUCUUUGCUGCGCUCUCUUCAAACCAAGGAGUUAGCUCUUUUUUUGAUGGGUAUGUUACUCAACAGACCACAAUACCUCUGUUCUUUAAGCAGUAUGAAAGAGCUCUUGAGAAUUCUCUAGAAAAGGAAAUAGAAGCAGAUUAUGAUACAAUUUGCACCACUCCAGUGCUCAAGACACCGUCACCAAUGGAACAACAGGCAGCAAGCCUUUAUACCAAGAAAGUGUUUUCAAAGUUUCAGGAAGAACUGGUUGAAACUUUUGUCUAUACAGCAAAUAACAUUGAGGAUGAUGGGAUUGUAAGUAAAUACAGGGUUGCAAAAUAUGAGCAUGAUGACAAAGCAUAUAUUGUGACAUUGAACAUUUCUGAGAUGAAAGCAACUUGUAGUUGCCAGAUGUUUGAAUACUGUGGUGUUCUCUGUCGGCAUAUAUUAACUGUAUUUACUGUAACUAAUGUUCUCACCCUUCCAUCCCAUUACAUAUUGAAGCGAUGGACAAGGAAUGCCAAAUCUUGGGUUGGAUUAGAGGGGCAAGAUACUGAUCUGCAUGGUAUUGAAACUCUGACAUCUCGCUUUAACAAUUUGUGUGUGGAAGCAGUUAAAUAUGCAGAGGAAGGAGCAAUUGCUGUUGAGACCUACAAUGUGGCAAUUAGUGCUUUAAGAGAGGGUUUAAAAAAGAUUGCUGUCACGAAGAAAAAUGUUGCUAAAGUUGCACCUCCUAACUCCCAGGGCAGUGGAAAUAGUCUUGAAGACGGUAACAAGAAAAUCCCUUCCUCAGUUCCUGAAAUGGUCCCAUCAUUUUGGCAUUGGCAAGAUGCUAUACCGCAACGGUUUAAUCUUAAUGAUAUGGGAGUACCUGUUGCUGAUUUGAAUCAGCCCAGCAUGGGUCCUGUGUCUAUCCAUCGUGAUGGUGGGCCUACUGAUAACUCGGUGGUUCUAACAUAUUUCAAGUCUAUGACAUGGGUCAUUGAAAAUAAGACUUUAACACCUGCUGGAAAAGUAGCUGUCAUCAACUUGAAGCUUCAUGAUUAUGGCAAGAGCCCGUCAGGGGAAACAGAAGUACAGUUUAGGCUAACAAGGGUCACAUUGGAGCCUAUGUUGAGAUCCAUGGGUUAUAUUAGUCAGCAGCUUUCAGCACCAGCCAAUCGUGUUGCUGUCAUUAAUCUAAAGCUCCAAGAUGCAAAAACAACAUCUGGGGAAACAGAGGUUAAAUUCCAGGUUUCCAAAGAUACGCUGGCUUCAAUGUUGAGAUCAAUGGCAUAUAUCCGAGAGCAAUUAUGACAGUUGUUUCGUAUCUGAGCACUUCGUUCUAAUGAGUUAUAUAGAGUAUUAGAAUUUCUUCCCACAAGCUGAGUACAGUCAGCUCCACCUAUGUCUAAACAGCAGGCAGCAUCAGAGGCAGCAAAGGUGUGCUUCGUGUCGUCGAUAAGCAUCGUGUAUCAUAAGAAUUUGACAUUGACAUAAUUCAUCUGUGGAUUUAGUUAGGUAUAGGAGUAUAUCAUUUUUCAUUUUAUUGACCGAGCGUGGUUGAGAUUAGGUUACUUGUGUUUAUUCUUAACUCUUAACUCAUAGAUAGUGCAUGAUUUUCCUUGUAACAAUGUGCUGGAAACUCAGUUUGUAUAUGAAAGUUGUAGAUGUAGAUGCCACAUACUUACUUAAUGAGCAUUCCAUUUAUAUUCGAAUUCUGGAA